CCGCACCAAAAAAAAAAACCGAAUUUUUGACAAUGACAGUCGACAGAAGCACAAGAUGGCGAUGCCGCGAGUGUUGUGUCGCGUUCGUCUCCUAAUUCACAACGACUUUUCAGUGAUUUCCAAAUACUCGCCCGUCGUAAAUAGUGUUUUAAUAAAUAAAUGUGCAAGGUUUCGACACUCGAUACGACACUUUAGGACAAACUUUCCCGCGGGUUUAGUGUUAAAUACAUCGCAAAAACAGGAUGCAAGCUCGUCUUCGUCAGACAGUGAUUCCUCAGACUCCGAUGAAGACGACGUAACGAUAGAAUAUCACCGGGGCUUGCCCCAAAUCACCGUGCCACUUCCCAGCAGGAAGGAGCGAUGUAGAUUUACUCUGAAGCCGAUCUCGAACACAGUCGGGGAUUUUCUCGAAAUGCUGAAAAAGGAGGAUCGAGGUAUUGAUCGAGUAGUGUGUAAAACAAUAGACGGGACAAGGAUAGCGUCUUCCACAACCAUCGAGACUUUAUUACAGGACGAUUUUAAAUUACUCAUCAACGAUAAUGCCUACAAUGUGGAUUCGCCGAAGCAGGAACGGCUGACCACCGAAGAAGUUCAAGGUUUAAGCGACGUGAAAACGCUAGUGAACCAACUUUAUGAAGCUUUAAACGUUAGAGAGCACCAGUUGCAGAAAGAAGUCGAGUUGACGACGCAACUGGAGACGCUACAGCAGGAACUACUGCCCCUGGAGGAGAAGAAGCUGGAGCUGGAGCAGGUGGCGAACCGGCGAAGCAACUGGAUGGCAUGGGCCGGCUUAGGCCUGAUGUCGGUCCAGUUCGGAAUCCUGGCCCGUCUGACGUGGUGGGAGUACUCGUGGGACAUCAUGGAGCCCGUCACUUAUUUCGUGACGUACGGCACUGCCAUGGCCGCUUACGCCUACUUCGUACUUACCCGCGAGGAAUACAUCCUUAACGACGUUAGAGACAGACAGCAACUGCUCCUCCUGCACAAAAAAGCCAAAAAGACUGGUUUCGAUGUUAAUCAAUACAACGUUCUCAAAGACCAAAUAGCUAAGCUAGAAUUAGAUUUAAAAAGGUUGAGGGAUCCUCUGAAAUUGAGGCUGCCGCCGAAAGCGGCAGCCAAGGAGGAGAAGAAGCAAGUGGAGGAGAAGGCGAAAGAAUGAUGGGAGGGGAGCUGUUUCGGAUGUUAUUUAUUGAAUCUAGGGUAGAGUGAGAUACCAUUGCAGUAUAGGACGAGGGACGAGGACUGUUACGAAGCUCAAUUUUUGUUAUUUAUUAACGUACUAAGGACUAAUGCAUGUUUUCGGCUGUAUAUAUGUACAUUUGUUGUUUAGAUAAGGGCGGAGGGCCAAGUGGCCCUUUGUGUAUUUUUUUACCAAUAUAGACAUUUAUUUUUUUAUUUUUAUUUUUUGGGCGGCUUUGCCCCUCCGCGCCCUUAGUUGGCACUUGUGAUACAUUUACACAAAGACGACUAAUUUGCGAGUUUUCCGUACAACCAAAGCGUAUUUUUUUAUUGUAGAUUUGGAGCUUGUAUGUAUAUACAGUUGAUCAGGGACGGAUCUUGACAAUUGGUAGAGGGGCCAUUUUUUCGGGCCCGUUCUCUCAAAAGAUAACACAUUACAAGAUAACAUUUUACAGAAAUUAGUUAUUCCUAAAAUUAAUAGAAUAUAAGAAAUAAGCUAUACAGGCUGUUCCGUCUAAACCCCACAUUCGAAGUAUUGAAAGUUUUAAUAUUGAUAUUUAUCUGGAAGUUGGUGUACAGCCGUAACUUGUUGGGCCCUGUUGAGAUAUUUUCAACAUGGCGGUACUUCUGGUUAUAUCGGAAAUCGCUAUCAACUUUUUUAUUUUAAAUGAACAGAUAUGUUUUUUACUGCGUUUUUUUUUGAUUUCUCAAGUUAUUUUAAGGUGAUUUUUAUCAGCUUUCCCUAUACCUAAAUUCAACCGUUUUCGAAAUAUUCAGGAUUUUUUGAAAAAUUUUGGAUUAAAAAAUCGGUAAUUAUGCUACUGUUAGCGUUUUAGUGUGUUCAAAACAGGAAAAAAAUUUACAAACCUCAAAAUAUUAACGUUAUUUUUGGACAUCUUCAACAAGCUAUAAGUCAAUUUGAUGUUGCCGGAAAUUUCUUACUAACAGUUUCUCAACGAAACUUUUCUCAUUGAUUAAAUGAUAAGUUUUGUUCAAAAUUUUGCUUUCCUUUGCGUUAAAACAAAAUAAAUUUAGUGAAUUUAGAUUUGAAAGACUUUGAUUUCCCAUAUUUGUUUCUAUAUGGCUAACCAAUUUCUCAUUGCCAACAAAAUGUUUGUAUUACUUAAAAACUCUUAAACAUAAGUAUAACGAAUGAUCUAUGCAUAAAUUUGUUUGUCAUUUAGUGAAAUAAAAAUUGUGGCAUUUUUUCGAAAAUUUUGUGGGUGUUUGUAAAGUUCAAACUUAAGGUUAAAAAUUUCUGGUUUGCUAACUUUUUUUUAGAAAUUUCAAAGCACCAAAGAAAAGAUCUAAACUUUCUCUUCCAAAUAAGCCAAAAAGGAUUUAAAAAUUCUUAAAAUGACAAAGUUAUCCAUUUUUAAAAAAUGCAAAUUCAAAAAUUUUCAAAAAACUAUAAACAUUUUGAAAAUAACUAAAUUUAAGUUUAGAGAAAGCUGAUAAAAACUCAAAUAAUCCAAAAAUGCAGUAAAAUCAUAUCUUUCUAUUUAAAAUAUGAAAAUUGGUAAGGACUUCCGGUGUAACCGGAAGCGUCGCCAUGUUGAAAAUAUUUUCAUUGUUUAGGAGAUAACGGAUUAUGGUUGUAUACAAAUUUUCAGAUGACCAUUGUUAUUAGAACUCCCAAUACUCCUAAUGUGGAAUUUAGACGGUACAGCCUGCAUAAAUAAGAAUAAAAAAACACUUUUCAUUUAAUAAAAAAGUAUUUGCAAUGCAAUUUGGUGACUUUUCGGUCCGAUUUAUCGCAAUCACUCACUCAAUAUCCGCCCCUGCCGUUGAUGUUACCACCAUCAGGGAUUUAGUACCUCUUCUAAUGCUUCUCUUCUCUCCUGACAGCGAAUUUUGAAAAACUAAGCACAAAUCCGUCCUGUUUAGGAUGUAGUCGUUCUUCUUCUUAGUACUUUGAACACCAUUGCUUAUUCGGUUGAACUUCCCUUCAUUAUGGUGCUACGGCUAUGUUAACGCACUCGCGAUUGUAAUGUUGCACACUUUUUGCUGUGAUUUGGUAAUCUAACGAGAUACAAUCAUUUUUUGCAUGUUCAAAGCUUUAACAUUUUUCCAAGUUUGUAAAUAUAGAUAUGAGCUUGAUUGUUGACUUUUGCACCUCCGCAGUGCCAAAGUGAGGUGACUUUUGUAAAUCUUAUCCAGUUAUUGAGAUUUUUGACUUCCACUUGGAGACCUCUAUUAUCCUACUAGUGUAUAGUUCAUGGUUUUAUACUCGCGCCAGCCAUAUUUACUUAAGCCUUCGUUUGUUGGUUUGUUCCCAGUCUCAAGACUUGUGUGAUUUAUUUAUCCUAUAGUUUUAUUAUUGUGACGUUUGUACAUAUUCAAAUCUUUAAUUGUAAUGACAUUACGAAAUAUACAAUUGUUGCCAAA